UCUUUCACUUAAAAAUUUCUGGAUGUGUGUAUCGCUGUUAUGUAGUAUCACAACACACUGGCUUUUGUUGCUUUUUGUUUGAAAUAAAAAUGAUAUCGGAUCAGCUGUUUGUUCUCUGUUUUAAUGGAUAUGUGUGUUUGUAUGAGGUGCGCGGUAAAAAGUGCAGUUCAUAGAGUUGUAAUUAUUUGGUACGACUGAAACAAAGAUUCAGUUGAACGAGGGAGUUCGAGGAAGCAAGUCGUUUUAUUAACAUCCAGCUAUUGUUAGCUAAAUUCCAUUUGGAAAAUAAUUUUAAGUUUUAUAAAAUUGAGUUCAAGAACUGAUUAGUGUUGAAAAGUAAUUAUUACAAUACGAAAUUAUUGAACGAGUAGGUGUGAUAUUUGUGAUUAAAAUACGAAGUAAAGCCAAGUGAAGCAGGAGAAAAUUCGAUUUUUUUAUUUUUUGAAAAUUGAAAUCUGUUUGGAAAUUUAACAAAGAAUAAAGAUGUCUCUCAGAUGUAUUGGGGUAAUGAUGCUGAGGCAACUUGGAGCAAAGAAUGUGGCAAGCGUUCGCAUGCUCAGUACAACAUCAGCACAAUAUCGCAUUGGUGAACAUGUGCCAAACAAUUAUUUAGAUAAAACCAUUAUAAAUCGAUACAAAGCACUGGAUUACGAUACAAAUAAAGUACAAGCCACGUACUUGUGGAUUGAUGGAACGGGUGAAAAUAUACGACUUAAGGAUCGAGUGGUAAAUGGCAUACCGAAAGUGGCAAGUGAUUUACCGAAAUGGAGUUACGACGGGAGCUCAACAUAUCAAGCUUUGGGCGGCAAUUCGGAUAUCAUUUUGCAUCCGCGCGCAUUGUACCGUGAUCCGUUCAAACCGGGUAAACAUGAUGUGAUUGUAAUGUGUGACACAUACAAGCCCGAUGGUGGACCGUGUGAUUCCAAUCAUCGUCACGCUUUGCAAGACGCUGUGGAUAAGACAAAGCAACAUGAACCGUGGUUCGGAAUCGAACAAGAAUACACACUGUUGGAUACGGAUGGUCGCCCAUUUGGAUGGCCAGCAAAUGGAUUCCCCGAACCACAGGGUCCCUAUUAUUGUGCAGUUGGCGCCAAUCGAGUUUAUGCUCGCGAUUUGGUAGAAUCGCACGCCCUGGCUUGUCUGUACGCUGGCAUCGACUUUGGCGGCACCAAUGCCGAAGUAAUGCCAAGCCAAUGGGAAUACCAAGUUGGACCAUCGAUAGGCAUAAAGGCUGCUGAUGAUCUGUGGGUGUCACGAUACAUUCUGACCCGUAUCGCCGAAGAAUUUGGCAUUUGUGUUACAUUCCAUCCGAAACCAAUUCGAGGUGAUUGGAACGGCGCCGGCGCUCAUACAAACUAUUCCACAGCUGCGAUGCGUGCCGAUGGUGGCAUGAAAGCCAUCAAGGAGGCAAUUGAACGCUUGGCAAAGAAACAGGAGAAACAUAUCAAGGCAUACGAUCCACAUGGGGGCGAAUACAACAAGCUCCGAUUGUCCGGCCAGCAUGAAACAUCGUCCAUUUCCAAAUUCUCAUGGGGAGUGGCCGAUCGAGGUGUUAGCGUUCGUAUUCCGAAGUUGGUGGCUGAAAAUGGAAAGGGAUUCCUGGAGGAUCGACGACCAGCGUCGAACAUGGAUCCGUACGCUGUGUGUGAUGCACUGUUAACAACAACAUUGUUGGAAGAUUGAAGACGGCUGAAGUGAGUGAAAGGAAUAUAAAAAGUGAGUUUCAGUGCAAAUUUGAAUCAGUCAAAUGUUUUUAUCAUUAAAUCUAGAAUCAAUCGUUACAUAUGAAUGUCAUAUCCAAAACAUGCAGAGAAUGUAUUUUUUAAAUGGAUUUUAUUAUACUUAUUGAGCGUUUACACAAAGCGUAAAAAUAUGAACGAAAAAUUAAUUAUUUUUUUAAGGAAUUCGUUUUUAUAAUUUUACUUAAUUUUACUUUUUAGUUAUAAUUUUUAUUAAUUUAGGAUUUCAGAGAAAUCAUUUUUAAAAAAAAGUUAAUUCGAAUAAUUGUCGAGAUAUAAUCAAGCCAUUUUUAGUGACUGAUGAUGUGUCUUUU